CUCAGACCCUUCCCCCCUCAGAGCCUUCCCCCCUCAGAUCCUUCCCCCCUCAGAUCCUUCGCCUUUCAGAUCCUUCUCCCUCAUGUCCUUCCCCCUCAGAGCUUUCCCCUUCAGAGCCUUCCCCUCUCAGAUCAUUCCGCCCUCAGAUCCUUCCCCCUCAGGUCUUUCCCCCACUCUCAGAUUCUUUCCGCCUCAGGUCCUUCCCCCUCAGGUCUUUCCCCCACUCUCAGAUUCUUUCCGCCUCAGGUCCUUCCCCCUCAGGUCUUUCCCCCACUCUCAGAUUCUUUCCCCCUCAGGUCCUUCCCCCUCAGGUCUUUCCCCCACUCUCAGAUUCUUUCCGCCUCAGGUCCUUCCCCCUCAGACCCUUCCACUCAGAUCAUUCUGCCUUCAGGUCCUUUCCCCAUCAGAUCCUUCUACCUUCAGAUUCUUCCCCAGGCAAAAGCUGCCACCCUCUUAUCUUUCUGCCCUCAGAUCCUUCCUCUCCAAUCAUUCCCCCUCAGGUUCUUCCCCCUCAGAUCCUUCCCCCCUCAGAUCCUUCCACCAUCAGAUCCUUACCCUUCUGAUCCUCCUCAGAUCCUUCCCCGUUCAGAGCCUUCCACUCUCAGAUCAUUCCGCCCUCAGAUUUUUCCCCCUCAGGUCCUUCCCUCCUCAGACGCUUUCCCCUCAGAUCCUUCCCCUUUCAGAUCCUUUCACUCUCAGAUCCUUCUGCCCACAGAUCCUAUCCCGCCUCAGAGCCCUCCCUCUCAGAUACCUCCGCUCUCCGACCCUUCCCACCUGGGAUCCUACCCCACUUGGAUCGUUCCCCAAGUCGGAUUCUUCCCCCCCCCCCCAGAUCCUUCCACCCUCGGAUCCCUCCCCCUGCGUCGGAUCCUUCCCCCCGCGUCAUAUCCUUACCCCUUCGGAUCCCUCCCCGCACCCCGUUGGGGUCCCUCCCCUUCAGAUCGUUCCACCCUCGGACCCCUCCGCUCGGAUCCCUCCCCUCCACCCCACCCCCACCCGCGCAAUCCUUCCCCGUUGGAUCCCUCUGUCCUUGGAUCCCUCACCCCUCGGAUCCUUCCCCCGCCCCACCCCCUCAAUCCUUCUCCCUCGGAUCCUUCCACCUUGCAAUCAUUCCACCCUCAGCUCCUUCCACCCUUAGAUUCUCCUCCACACAGAUGCCUCCACAUUAUCUGUACUUGAGUGGCAGCAGCUGGGCAGAAGCUCUGUGACCGCGGGUCCCUUGCUCCUGUUC